AUGGACGCCUGCAGCUGCGGGGAAGAGUCGGAUCGGCUGGCGACGGUCAGCGGCUCUCAUGGGGACUACAAAUUUCACUUGGCCGGGCCGCGGGAGUGCGUCGCCGUGACGGGCGAGAGAAAUCUGGCGCCCUUCGUCCUCAUGGCCCCGGAGAAGCGUGUGCCGGUCCAGGGCGACUGGAUCUCUGGCAGCUCGAUGGCAGCACUGGCCUUCUUGCUCCAAGUCACAGAAGACGACGAGGACGAGGCACUGGAGGCAGAGGCGCUGGACGGCCCAGGGGUAGAGCUGGGUGCGGGUCGUGGGCUGCUCGGCCUCGGCUGUGCAGCGGCUGGCAUGCUGGUGGAGGUCACCGACCUGGAGGAGGAGAUCUGCGGCGCCCUGCGCCGCAGCGUGGGCGCCUCGGACCUCGGCGCAGGCUGCGCCGUGCGGCGCUUCGACUGGGACGAGGGGUUGGAGGCCUACGGCGGCCUGCAGCCGCCCAACGAGAACCUGGCGCCUCGCCUGGUGCUGGGCGCCGAGCUGCUGUGGGCGGAGGAUGCCGUGGAUCCGCUGCUCGAGGCAGUGCUUCCAGUGGUCUUGGCGGGGGCGAGCUUCGUCUACGGCUUCUCCCAGCGCCCCAGCAACGAGCUCUUUAUGCGGAAGCUGCAAGCUGUGGAGGGCACCCGCCUGGAGAGGCGCAGCUUCCGUGUGGAGACGAAAUGCCUGGGCUGCGGCGGCUGGCAAACCCGGGAGCAGUGCAGCGCCGCCCGGCCGAAAUCUUUGCCUCCGCCCGCCGCUUUGAUAUCGAGGGACGAGACACGUGGCGAUUUGGAGCUGCAUAGAGCCGCCUUUCAGCGGACAGACAAGCGGAAAAGCCCGCGGCUGAUCGAACGGAUGGGGAGCAAGAUGGGGCUCCUGGCGGGGUGGUUGGUGGGCCGCGUGGUGGCCUUCUUGGCCACGAUCCUCUCCACCAGGCCGCGUUGCCCGGGUCGGUCCUUCGGGGACUUCGGCGAGGCGAGCGUUGGGCGGGUGCCCUGCGGCUUCCGCGGUCUGCAGUUCGCAACAUAA